CGCUCGCUGCGCUGAGGCAGUGCGGCGGCGGGCGCGCCGAGGCUGCCGCCCUGCACUCUCCUCGCGGCCAUGCCCCGGCCCCAGUAACGCGCCUGCCGCAGCGCGCGCCCCACAGCCUCGCCCCUCCGCGCCCGCUGCCGCCUCUUCAAUGGGCAACCUGCUCGGCGGAGUCAGCUUCCGCGAGCCCACCACCGUGGAGGACUGCGACUCCACCUGGCAGACGGACUCGGAGCCCGAGUCCGAGCCCGAGGAGCCGAGGCCCGGCGGCGGCGGCGGCGGCGGCGGCGGCGGCGAGGGCCCGGAGCAGGACCCCGAGCUGCCCGAGCUGCCCGCGCAGCCCCCCGAGCGAGCCGGCGGGCGUUCCCUCGCCAGCCCCGCGCCGGAGGAGGACGCCGAGGCUGCGCGCGCGGAGCAGGGUGCUGAUUCCACUGAAGCAACUGCCAAACCAAAGAGAAGCUUUUAUGCUGCGAGGGAUUUGUACAAAUAUCGACACCAGUACCCACAGAACUUCAAAGAUAUCCGAUAUCAAAAUGACUUGAGCAAUCUUCGCUUUUAUAAGAAUAAAAUUCCAUUUAAGCCAGAUGGUGUUUACAUUGAAGAAGUUCUAAAUAAGUGGAAAGGAGAUUAUGAAAAGCUGGAGCACAACCACACUUACAUUCAAUGGCUUUUUCCCCUGAGAGAACAAGGCUUGAACUUUUAUGCUAAAGAACUAACUACAUAUGAAAUUGAGGAAUUCAAAAAAACAAAAGAAGCAAUUAGAAGAUUUCUCCUGGCUUAUAAAAUGAUGUUAGAAUUUUUUGGAAUAAAACUGAUUGAUAAAACUGGAAAUGUUGCUCGGGCUGUUAACUGGCAGGAAAGGUUUCAGCAUCUGAAUGAGUCCCAGCACAACUACUUAAGAAUCACCCGUAUUCUUAAAAGCCUUGGCGAGCUUGGAUAUGAAAGUUUUAAAUCUCCUCUUGUAAAAUUUAUUCUUCAUGAAGCUCUCGUGGAAAAUACUAUUCCCAAUAUUAAACAGAGUGCUCUGGAGUAUUUUGUUUAUACAAUUAGAGACAGAAGAGAAAGGAGAAAGCUCCUACGGUUUGCCCAGAAACAUUACACGCCUUCAGAGAAUUUUAUCUGGGGGCCACCUCGGAAAGAAGAGUCAGAAGGAAGCAAAGCCCAGAAAAUGCCUUCCCCUCCCACCUCCAGUCAUAACAGUCAGACUUCUAUGCACAAAAAAACUAAGGACUCCAAAAAUUCCUCCUCAGCUGCUCCUGUAAAUAGCAAAACAGCCGAAGAAAAAAAAGUGGCACCUGGAGAGCCUGGAGAAGAGACAGACAGGCCCAGAACCGAGCCCGGCCCUGAGGCUGCUGGGCUGAGGAGCGUGGAGAAGGAUGGGAACCCCGAAAACUCAAAUUCUCAACCAGAAAAAAUGACAAGCAAUCCCACAGAGGGAAAGCAGAGUGUACCGCCUCCUGAGGAAGGUGAAGAGGGUGGAAAUCAUGACAAAGACUGUGACAAUCCUGGAAGUACAGGUUCUCAGGAUGAGGUCCUGCCCCAGUGAAUUAUCAGAAACUCACCAACCCAGACUGUGCAUGGAAGGAGAGUUCAUGGAGGAAGAGGCGUCUGAGAACCAGGUGGGCAUCUUGGAAAAGUGGAGCCAACCAGCACUAGGCAGCGGCCUCUCCAAUGGCUUGAUGGGUCCUCAGAGCCAACUCUGGAUAAUGAGGGUGUUGGGCCCUAUGAUCUCUGAAUUCUGAGGAAGGUGGGCCACCGUGGACUCCAUAUACCAUUAUGAUAAGCAUCAAUUUUAAUAAAAUAUUUGUUGUAAUUUAUUUGGUACCAUUUUGUAGUUUAGGAAAUUGUGAGCAAAUGGACACUUGCCCUAUAAAUUAUAGCUGUAUCUUUAUCCCUAUCUUGGGAAAUAGAUUAAAAUAUCAAUUCCACCUACAUUUCUCCCAGUUUUUCAAUUAGAAAGUUUUGGGUUGUUCUUUCAUAGGUAUAUAUAAAAAUGUCUUUUCAUAAAGUGAUUCAGUGUACUUUAAAAAUGAGGUAAAAGGGAAAAGGCAUCGAUGCUCACUUGUUAUGCUAAAAGAUCUUUUCAAAAAAAUCAGAAACCUUAUGAAAAUAUUUUUAUUUUUAAAUUGUAAUGGAGUUUGUGGAACAGUUUACAUUACUAGAAUGAUUAAGUAAUAAGCUUUGGUCCUAAGAAGGGUUCAAGUUCUGCACUCCUUGGUCAAUGUACAUUUUUCUUCAAUGCCGAAAGAUUUCUUUUCAUGUGAAGAAAAGAAAAAACACAAACUAAAACAAAAGAUUAGAAACAGUAACAAGAAACUCAUGACAAAAACGUAUAACCAAUUAUAGGUUAGUGCAAGUGCCAGCAUUAUUGGAACCUGAUGAGGAGUAUUCCACAAAAGCCUCACAGUGGGGCGGGCUCUCAGUGUCAGCAAUUUGUGCUGAGGCGACAAUGCACUGGCUUUGGAAACCAAAUCCCAUUAAUACUCUCCUGUGAACCAUGAAUUCCACCUACUCCACAGUAGGCUGACAGAAUUAAUCAAAUGAUCAGAUACCAAGUUUAAUUCCUUUGCUGGUGUGUAUGGAUAGUUGCUGGUUUUACAACAAAAAAUUAAAUUGAGGGACUGGCUGCAGAUAAGAGAGGAUUUAGUGAUAAGUUGUUGAUUGAUGAAGUAACUCUCUUGUACCGUCCAGAGUUGACAGCAUUCUAACAGCGUGGCAUCACAAUUACAAGAAUCAAAUGAGAGCAAAGUGUUAGGUCCUUUGACAAGCAUUUUCUUUUCCCUUUUUAUGAAAAGGGCAUUUACUUUUUUCUGAAGUAAGAUACUGGCUCUUCUUCAAUGUUACCUAAGAAGGUAGAUGGCAAAUUGGGCCUAGUCACUAUUUUAAUCUGGAAACUGUUGUGACCUUUGUAUUUUAAGUAUUCAGGAAAAUGGGAAUGAUUCUUUAAAAGAUGUGGUCUUUACUUCCCGCAUAAUCUCUGACUACCCAGUGGCUGCUAGGCCUCCCUGUUGUCUGCAUUCCACCACAGUGUGAAUCACAGAAUGCUGUGUGCAUGUCUCUUCAUACCAAUACCGUGUGUGUGCGGUAGGAGAUGUAGCCAGUUUCUGGAUCUGUUUGGUACUACGAAACACUUCUUUUAUAAUUCCGGAACUGUAUGGCAGUGUUGUGCCAAAAUGUAUACAGAGCAAUAGUUUUUGUUGUUUCCUGCUGUGUGUUAAAAUAUUGUUUCUGAACUAAUAUAUUUUAGAGUUCCUUUAGAGUAAUUAUUUUAAUAACUAUUGCCAAAUAUAAAUCCUGUAAUAAAAGCCACUUCAUCUUAGUUAACAUUUUAGCAUUAUGUUAGAGUAUGUUGUGUUGAUUUUGCAUGAUUAAAUAUUUUUCAAGAUCUGGAACAAAUGACUUGC